CCGGGUUGGUGUAGCCUUUGUUGGAGUUGUUGUUAUUGUCACUGUCCUUGCUGCUGCUAUAGCUAGCAGCACCGCUACACUAAACGUUAGUUGGUGGUAGUUGGUUGGUUGUUGUUAUGGCAGUUGGCGUUUGCACAGUUUGUCGACAACGUAGUAGAGUAUCCAUGUUUUGGUCGCCCGCUUGUUGUGCUUGACGAAACAAAUUGACACCACUGUGACUCCAGACUGGGUGAUUGAGUCCACCGAAAACUCUUUUCGGGACGAGUACUAUAGUGUGUACAAAUAAGACAACUCUAUUUGAUGCAUUCUACACGUUAUACAUAUGUUAUACAGUAAAGUAAGCGUUCAGAUUAGAUUAUUUCUGUUAGUGAUUGUCUUCAAGACACAGAACUGAUGAAAGAAAGUUCAACUACAUGGUGUGAUAUUUGUGAAUUAAAGCGCUAUAGUUCAAUAUUCUGGGUGUGUUCGUGAACGUAUGUGGAUGUACCUAUUCGGUGGAAUAGGAUAGUUCCAUUAAGUGCCAUUGUGGUAUUGUCCAUCAGAGGGAACAUUUCCGUAGCAAAACUUCAAGAUGAAUUUGCAAAUUAUCUCGAGGGUACCCCGGUCUUUUCCGAUGUAUUAUAACAUCAGUGUCUGCCUUCCUCUACUACUGCUAGUACUGACUGCCACUUCAGUUCUUGCAAUGAAAAAAGCAGUUGAUGUGGCCGAAGAAAAUUGGAAAUGGCUUCUGGCCGAUGAAUGGAUGGUCGCUUUUGUUGCUCCAUGGUGCCCAGCCUGUAGAAGAAUGCACGAAGCUUGGCAGGAAUUCAGUGACUUUAGUGAGAACAAGGGGUUCACAGUCGCUAAGGUGGACAUAACAAAAAACCCGGGUCUCUCGGGUCGCUUUAUGGUCACUGCACUGCCGACAAUCUAUCACGUCAGCGACGGAGUAUUUCGUCAGUAUCGAGGAGCCAGAGACCUCGAUUCACUGAUAUCCUUCAUUGAGCAAAAAAAAUGGGAGCAUAUCAAACCAAUUUCAAAGUGGAAGCACCCAAGUUCAUUACAGAUGACUAUAGUGGCUAAAUUCUUCGAAUGGUCGUACCAUAUUCGGGCCAUCCACACAUACCUUGUCGACCAAGGUAUUCCAUAUUGGGCUAGCUAUUGCUUGUUCGCGCUUGCUACAGUGAUAAUCGGAGCCGUUCUGGGUCUUAUGAUUGUCGCCUGUCUCGAUUACGUGUUUCCUGGCCGACCGCAGGAAUACCAGCAGGCGCCUGAAGUUACGGAACGUGAAGGUAGUGACCUAGAGGAAGAAGAGCCUAGCCAGGGAACAACGAAAAUAGAUAGAGGUGACAUUAAAGAUAAGCCGGACAACAAGACAAACAAGAAGAAGUCGAAAAAAAUAGACUAAAUUCAAUUACAGGAUCAAAUUCAGAUGGAAAUUGCAACAGUAGCAGUCACUAACACAGGAUAAUCGCAAGGACGUGCGUACUUGUUCACGUAUUCAAGAGUCAACAGAAAAGACUAACAGUAAAACAAGAUGACAAUAAUAUUAAUUAAUGACUAUUGUGUGAGAGUACUGCACAUGUGGUGUGCCUGUACUGAAGAAGCGAUAACGUAAUUGAAUGGUACCCUUUAUAUGCUUAGGUUUACGUAAUAUAGGUUCAUAUUACGAUUAUUCAAAGGACACAACAAAGUAUGGCUUUGAUUUUCAAGAAAAAGCAAUCUUUGUCUCCUUUGGAAUUAGUAGAGACGAAGAAGACAAUAGAUGGUCAAACUGCUACAUAUAGCCAGUGCAUGUACAAUGAUAGACUAACGCGUUGCGUCGUCAAGAUCCUGGUUUUGAUGUAUAAACAUCCACAUGUAUAAGUCUUUAUGUGUUUGGAGCGACCAGUUACUUUUGAUGACAGUCAAAAAUAUUAUACACAGCCUAUUUAAGUAUAACAUAAAACUACAUAAAUAUAUAAAAGGAAUAGAAAAUACUUAAGUGCUUCUUGCUAUAAGUGAACAACUUGCAGGCGUACAAUGCUACCUCAUCGUGCUAUAUAUUCCUGAGUACACUUUUUCAUAAUGGUGCAAUUGCCACAAAGAGAUCGCCUUUCAAAGAUUACUUAAUAUAAUAUGAUAAGGGUGACUGAUAUCCAUUUAUAGUUGACAGAUGAAUUCGAGUUUUUGACAAAGCCUUUAUAUAAUAACUAUAUAUAGACAGAAGAGUGGAUGUGGAUAAACAAUAAUGGACGUGUUUGUUCUAAAGCAUAAAUAUAUAGGGGUUUCUGUGUAAAAUACUACUGCGCUAAUGCGCAUCGUUCGGAGUCUUCCAUUAUAAUCAUCUCACUCAACGUAGUAAGUAUAUGCCUCUCGCGACUGAUCAAACGGUAGACUGAUGUAUCUGUUGGGUACGCAGUUUACGUGUGAGACUGAGAAAGAAGGUACUGUCAAAUAAAUGUUCAAGCUGUUCAAAUAAAGCAAUGACAAAAAGGUGGCAAAGUU